AUGCUAAUUUUUUAUGCAAUCGGAUUUUUAAAAUUUUUCACUACGCUUUUACAAGGUGCGCCAGCCCGAAAUGCCGUUAUCGAUAAGAGUGACCCGAUAAGCCUUACCCAUGUUGGUGCACACAUUUUUGGCAAACCUCACUGGGUGCCCAGCGAAAUCCUCACACAGUUCGAAGAAAACUCAACGCUGAAUCCUGAAGAAGUCGGUCCAUAUCUGGAGGGUGACAUGCUUGUCCCAUACGAGCAAACAUUUUAUUUUCGCAAUGGACUCAUAGCAUACAGUACCCACUGGCCUGGUGCUGUCGUGCCCUACAUCAUACAAGGCGAUUUCAAUGAAAAAGAGCUGGCUAGAAUCACGCACGCCUUUCACGAGUAUCACAACAAAACAUGCGUACGCUUCAAACCACGCACUUACGAGCACGAUUAUCUUGUGAUCACAAAUCAUAAAACUGGCUGUUGGUCGAGUGUGGGUCGUCUGGGUGGUCGACAGGAGGUGAAUUUGCAGACUCCCCACUGUUUCCACAAUUACGGUACUUCGAUGCAUGAACUCAUGCAUUCACUCGGCUUCAUGCACGAACAGAAUCGGCCUGAUCGCGAUAAUUACAUUCGUGUGUUGCGUCAGAACGUUAAGAAAGGCAUGCUGGGAAAUUUCGCGAAGGGUUCGCCGAAGGAACUGCAUCACUUCGGUGUUUCAUAUGAUUAUGCGAGUGUAAUGCAUUAUUCCAAGACCAGCUUUUCGAAGAACGGGCAACCCACCAUUGAAGCGCUAAAAAACACUAAAGAGGCGCUAUUGAUGGGCCAACGUAACGGUUUCUCCAAAGGUGACGUAGCCAAAUUGAAUGCGAUGUACAAAUGUGUGUGAGGGAUAAAAAAAUAAGAAUAAGAUGACAACUAUUUUUUAUAU